UUGCAUUAGGUUUGUCCUAAGUCAAAACAUUUGUAUCUUUCACUAUCAAUUUCAAAAUAAAUUAUGUAGGUUCAUGGUUUAAGAUUUAUGUUUUUAGAUUCACUAUAAAAAUAUGUUCAUAAUAUAUGAUUCAUAUGUUGUAAAAUUAUAAGGAUUUUUUGAAAUGAAUGGUCCAUGGUUUUCAAAUCAUCCGACGUCCGAUUAAUCGCGAUUAAUUGUCCUGGUCGGUCAGAUGAAGUCGAUUAGGGGCUCCGACCUGAUUAGGUAGUUUGGUCGUCCGAGUAAUCGUCGCCUAAUCAUGACUAAUCGGCCGUUUAGAUAUUUGCUGCGACCAGAAGUUGUGAACAUGGAAAGCAAGCGCUGGGUCCAAAUUUGGUGCCUCGUUUUCCUUUCUGACGCCUUAUUUAUUGGGGCUAAUAAAGGAACCAUUUAACCGAUUGGCUGGCUUUCCAAAUCUACUUUCUCUCUCUCUCUCUCUUCUCCUUCCUGGUCGGCCGGCUGCUGAUCCAUCGUUCCUGGGCUCCUGGCGACUCUUCAAUUUUCCUCCUCUCUGAGAAAACAUCCGGCUGCUGCUUCUCCUCCUUGACUAACUCUGGUGGCUAAUCCCUGAUAAAGAAGACAAGAUCACAAGAACCACCUGCUCCUCCAAUCCUUGACCAACUCUGGCGACUCCUUCACUCCUCCCUGACCAACUCCAGCGGGCGACUCCUCUCUGAUCAAGAAGACAAGAACUCAAGAAGAUGAGUACCACAUCUGAAGUAGCAGCCAGACAACAACCAUGAGUCUCGCUUGUCUUGUAUGCCAUGGCAUGAGCAGCCCCUCGCACUCUCUUAGAAGCUACUCGGUGUCAAGCUCAGAGGAGGAAAGCCGGUGUGGAGCUGUUGUUGCCUGCUUAGCUCGAAGAGUAACACCAGCUGGAACCUCUACUAGCGUUGGGACAUCGAAAGUGACCCCCUUUCCACCCGUGGUGAGUGAUCAAGUUGGUACAGAGGGCGCUCCUCGACUUCAACGCAGCCGUGCUGUGUCCAGGGACCUUGUUAGAGACUGGAACUUCGACGAAGUAAUCGUCGCAAAUUAGAGUAGCCCUCAACAGUCGUCAGCUGGACUCUGUGCUCUACUUAUCAGGCAGGAGAUUCCUUCAUUCGAUGUAAAAUUUUCAUAGUAGACGUCUGGAAGUCCAUGCCAAUACUUGAUGAGGAAAUGCUCGAGAGGGAUGGUACCUUUCAGGAGCAAUAUUUGGACUGUUGCAGUUAUAUGUGGUCACGUACCUGUGUAGGUAGGAUAAAUGUUUUGAGUGUGUUUUCCUAAUUUUCAGACGUGUAUAAGUUGUCAUGUACCUUUAUGUAUAUUAUGAAUGAAUCCAACUUCAGAUCUCGAUCUAAUAUUCAAACGGAAGUAAUAUUUUGGUGUA